AGGCUUUUCCCUGUUAUAUUUUUAUAUCUUACAAGUGCCCAACUUCAGACAAGGAGACGAAAAAGGGGUUCCGCAUGUGGUUAUGUCUUUUAUUUACUUUAUAAGUAGACGUAUUUAAGAAUAUAAGAUAAAUAUUCGUGAUUUCAAGUUGAAAGUCUUGCGAAUGACAAAUGGAGAGUUCUACAAGCGGCGAGAAUUCAUCGAGCAAUCAAGCUCCCGCGCGUGGCGAGAGAAAAAGUCGAGGCUCGAGGCAAAAGGAUGUAGAUAAUUCAAGCAAAAAGUUUCUGCGAAAUUUCGAUCCGGAGCGCAGCGAGCGUGAGAAACGUAAGCUGUAUCGUCGAUUGUAUCACAGCCACAGGAGGCAUUUGUACGAUGACAAGGGUAUCUUCAUACAAACGUCGGACGAUCUUUGCGAUUGCUUGAGCUUGCAUUGCCCCGGAUGUCACCUUCCGUGUCUCAAGUGCUCUUCCCUAAAGUGCGGUCAUGAAUGCAGGAAUAAUCGCAAAUGGACCUACGACACUAUUCACUGCGAAGGAACUGAUCCUGUGAUAAAAAAUCCAUUGUUGAAAGAGUCCGAAGCAAAAUGAGAGCGAUAAAUAAUAAUUGCUCUAUAACAAUUGCAAUCUAUAAGAAUAUCUGUAUAUAAAAUAACUUCAACAAAGGCUGAAUUCUUAUUAUUAUCUUUUAUGAGGUGUAGUUGUAUGAUAAAUAAAAGCGAAUUUAUAAAAAG